AUGUUAAGAGUAGCAUUGGCAAAAUAUAGAGUCAAGCAGCACAAAGUGGCUACCCCAUACUACCCACAGACCAGUAGGCAGGUGGAAAUCUCUAAUCGGGAAAUCAAGGCUAUCCUUUCCAAGACUGUAAAUGCUAGCAGGAAAGAUUAUUCUAGGAAGCUGGACGGUGCUUUAUCGGCAUAUCGAAUAGCUUUUAAGACACUUAUUGGCAUGUCACUAUACCAAUUGGUUUAUGGCAAGGCAUGUCAUUUGCGAAUUGAGCUGGAGCAUAAAGCGCUGUGGGCACUAAAGUGGCUUAAUCUGAACUGGAAUAAGCUACGGAUAUGA